UGAACGUCCCCCUCCCAGUCGAGCUGGCAGAUGAGUGAAGUCUCGCAAGAACGCCAAAGUUUCUGUCCUUCGAUUUUGCUCUUCAGACAUGGCCCCUAGCGCACAGUUGAAAGAGGCUGUUGCCGAUAUGCAGGAGGGGAUCCGGGCGAUCUUGCUCGGACCCCCGGGGGCCGGAAAAGGGACUCAGGCCCCUGAGCUGGCCAAGCAGUACUGUGUGUGCCACCUCUCCACAGGGGACAUGCUGAGAGCCAUGGUGGCCUCGGGGUCUGAACUUGGGAAUAGGCUCAAACAGACCAUGGACACUGGCAAGCUGGUCAGUGAUGAGAUGGUGGUGGAACUCAUCGAGAAGAACCUGGAUGCACCUGCCUGCAAGAACGGAUUCUUAUUGGAUGGAUUCCCCCGCACGGUUAAACAGGCAGAGAUGCUGGAUGGCUUGUUGGAGAAGCGUCAUGAGCAGCUGGACUCCGUGGUUGAGUUUACAGUGGAUGAUUCCCUGCUCGUCCGCAGAAUCUGUGGCAGACUAAUCCAUCAGCCCAGUGGCCGCUCCUACCAUGAGGAGUUUAACCCCCCCAAGGAGCCAAUGAAGGAUGAUGUGACGGGCGAGCCGCUGAUGAGGCGCAGUGACGACAAUGAGACGGCGCUGCGCUCACGCCUGGAGUCGUACCACCGGCAGACGUCGCCGCUGGUGCAGUACUACAGCACCCGGGGGCUGCACACAGCCAUUGACGCCGCCCAGAGACCCAGCGUGGUCUUUGCCUCCAUCAUUGCUGCCUUCUCUGCUGCCACGGCAACCUCCGCACGCGCCACCUCCUCUGGUUGAACCCUGUGCUUCUCCAUUCGAUCCCGGCGGAGGAGGAGGAGGAGGGUGGGUGGGUUGGGUGGAAAGAUGGAGGGAUGGUUGGAUGUUUCAGGAAGGGGUUAGAUGAGCAGGUGUCCCAACACUAUAUUACUUGCCAGGAACUUUGCUUUGCUGCUUGACUAGAAAUUGGUCAUGAAAUGCCUGUGCAUUGCCAUUGUUCCGACUCCAUUCUGAUAGUGAGAAAAGUCUUCUAAUAAUGUAAGUGAAUGAUGUUUUUCAAUCAAAUAAAACUCUAGAUGCUUUUCUACAA